AUGGCGGGAUCAUCAAAUAAUUUCAAAACUACAAUUAAUCGAAAUGUUGCUGCUGAUAGACAACAAUAUCGAAAUUUUAAUGAUCUUUUUACAGAUGAUGAUAUUGAUGACAUGGAAAUAAGUGAUGAAGUAUUGCUCGCUGCAUGUAAAAAUUCUCAGUCGUCAAACAGAAACAAAUCUGUCGACGAACAUGUUCUAUCUCAAAAAAUCAGCCAAUUGUCUACAUCAUCUAAAAAUCAACAGAAACAACAAUUGAACAAGACAAUAUCGAAAAAGGUCCAAUUAAAUGAUUUAGAAAAAAUACCUGAUUAUCUUGCAAAAAAUAACAAAUCAUUAGAAAAUAUGUUAACUCCAUUGCUCGUUAGAAAUACAACAUUAACAAAUGAACUAUCAUCCAGUCAACUAGAAAAUUUUCGAGCUGUGGCUAUUUUGAUACAUCGAUUAAAAUUCAUCCAGGUUUUACAUGGCCUUUGGACGAUUUAUUUACAAGCAGGUUUAGGUCAAUUGAAGUCUCAUUAUUCUCAAAAUGAAUUAGGUCAACAAUUAUGGGUAAAACCUGUUCAAUCUAUGGUUAAAACAACUGUUCGUUCCGGUAUCGAACAGAAUGAAGCCUGUUUGAUUUAUGUUAAAAAUCGUCUAAUUGAAUUGGACAAAGCUAAACAAGAAUGUCAUGCUGAUCUACAGACUAAAAUCAAUCUUUUGUCUCAACAUUCAACAAGGAUUCGACAAGCAAUUGAAACAUUUGCGGAAGAAAAUCUCAUGAGUUUACGAAAGAAAAUUGAACAUAAAAUUCAAUUGGUACAUUAUAGUUACGAUGAACAAAUCUUAAAAGACAAUUUUCUUAAACAAAAUCCAAAUGAAACUCAAAUACAAAUAGUCGAAGAGCUCUAUACUGCCAAACAACAACAGGAAUUGAGCAAAUAUACAUGCGAACUACUCAAUCAACAACUCAUUCAUUACAAUGCUUCAUCAACAUUUGAUCAGUUACCUAUUGCUCGUGUACCUUUAUUUGAUUCGAUAUUUAAUAUUAAUAUGCAACAAGAUCUUUAUGUUCAAUAUCGAAACAUAAUUGAACAAACAAAAACAGAUAUGUUAACACUCUAUAGUCAGUCGGCUGUAGAUCAAAAAAUUCGUUAUCAAAAACAAUAUAAUGAUACAAUGGAAAAAAUACAAAAAGAACAAUGUCUACUUCCUGAUGAACAAAAAUUAACAAGAAAAAUGCUCGAAUUAAUCGAACAACGUGCUCAUAUUAUUGAAGAACGAUUUAAAUGUAUUCAUCAAUUUAAAGUUCAUAACCUUUCUAUACAAUCCUAA